ACGUAUUGUCUAAGAGGGCGUGUAACAAGUCCCAAGAAGAAUGUGUGUUUCUGAAUUUUGUCACACUUCAUACAUGUUGAAGUUGGUAGUAUCCGUAAACGGCGAAGACCGAAACGGAAACGGGACUUGAUAUAAUAAUUUUUUUUAUAAAAAAGGAACAAGUGUGAAACAGAGUCAGCUUUAUCACUCUCUUUUCAUUAAUAAUCAAAUCAAAUUAAACAAACACCACACACACUCUCUCUCUUCCUUUUCUUCUUCUUCAUCUUCUUCCUCUCUCAUUCUCAUUCUCUCUCUCUGAUGUGAGGAUUGCAGUGAGGAAAUGGAUUGAGAACUCUCUCUCUUUCUCUCUCUCUGUUUAAUACUUUCUUUUGGAUCAAUCAGCUUCUUAGAAAUGGAAGAAACAAAUUCAGCUGCCACACUGAUAGGUUCUACGUCUUCGAAGAUACAACAGCUGCAAAAGGCUUUUGCUGAACUCGAAAGUUAUCGAGCUGUUACUCUGAACUUGAAAUGGAAAGAACUGGAGGAACAUUUUCACGGGCUUGAGAAAUCCUUGAAGAGGCGCUUUCAUGAACUGGAAGAUCAAGAAAAAGUGUUUGAAAACAAAACAAGGAAAGCUCGUGAAAUGUUGAAGAAGCAGGAAGCGGCUAUUUUUGCCAAGGAGCAAGCCACAUUGCAAAGGCUUCAAGAGAAAAGAGAUGCAGCUGUAUUCGCCAUUGUAAAUGCUCGAGAAAAGCACAGGAAGGUUUCACAAAAAGAUUUGGACGGUACAUCAAGUGUGGAGGAAAAACCAGUGGAUGCUGUUUCUAAUGUGACGGAAGGUUUUGGUCGCGUCGAAGAUGCAAAACUUUCUCCUGAAAAUGGAAAUGUGGAAUUGAUCUCUUAUCCAGAAUUGAUAAAACUUUGUGAAGAGAUGGAUGCGCCCGGACUUCACAAAUUCAUAUCUGAUAACCGUAAAAACCUUUCUGCUAUAAAGGAGGAAAUACCACAUGCAUUAAGAGCUUCUCCUAAUGCUGCAUGUUUAGUCUUAGAUUCUUUGGAAGGAUUUUACUGCAUGGAAGUGUCGAGUCAGGAUAUUAAGAAGGAUGCUAACUUAUUGGGUCUUCGCCGCACCUGUAUCAUGCUGAUGGAAUGUCUGAGUGAUUUCCUGACGAAUUCAGACCGCGUUUCUAUUUUAAUUUCAAAAGAUAUCAAGGAUAGGGCAAAGGCAGUUGCUGAAGAAUGGAAACCUAAACUCGAUGCUCUUGACAUGGAUGCUAGUAAUGGGAAUUCCUUGGAGGCUCAUGCAUUUUUACAACUUCUAGCAAGUUUUGAUAUUGCUUCUGGUUUUGAUGAGGAGGAGUUGUCCAGGCUUAUUCCAAUGGUAUCUCGACGUCGCCAAAUUGCUGAUUUAUGCCGUUGCCUUGGAUUAUCAGAGAAGAUGCCAGGUGUAAUUGAGGUUUUGGUGAACAGUGGGCGGCAAAUUGACGCCGUUAACUUGGCUUUCGCAUUUGAUCUGACAAAACAGUUUUCUCCUGUUUCCUUAUUGAAGUCUUAUUUGAAGGAUGCUAGAAAUUCUUGCUCACCCGUCAAAAGUGGUAACUCAUCCCCCACUUCACAGAAUGAAGUUAAUGAGCGAGAGCUGAUUGCUCAUAAGGCAGUAAUCAAGUGCAUUGAAGAACAUAAACUUGACGAGCAGUAUCCUCUAGAUCCUCUCGUGAAACGAGUUGGUCAGCUAGAGAAGGCCAAAGCUGACAAAAAGAGAGAGACUGAAGCGACAAAGCCUCAACCGAAGAGACCUCGAGCUAAUGGUGUGGGAUAUGGUCCUCGAGUCACUAACAUAUCUUCUGACAAAACUUCCUAUGCUAGAGUUGCUGACAGGUACCCGCCACAAUAUGUGUAUGACCGACCUUACAUGUACCCUGGACCGACCGAAAAUCAUUGCCCACCUCUCCUAGGCACUGCUCAUUAUAACUUCUCUCAUAAUCAUGGAAACUACUUUGGAAAUGGAUAUCAGUACCAAGCUACAUAUCUUCACUAGUUAGCUGAGAUAUGUGAGCAGGAGAUUAUGAUCCUUUUGUUUAAUAUAUCUCUAGUCUUAACCUUUUAAGAUGUUGUAUGUUGUACUUUUUUCAAUGUAGUCUUUAAGAAUUACCUAAAGAACAUGUUAAUGUUUUAACUUUUGUACUAGAAUAUAUUCUGAUCCUCUAAUGUAUGAAUUCUGUUAUCAGUUUCUGUAUAAACUCACGUUGCUGUUGUCUUUGUAGUAUGUUUUGCUUUUCUCA